AUGCGAUCUUCCGUCUUGCGCAAAACACUAUCCACUGCUGCAAACCCUCCCGUUCAACUCACCACUCUUCCAAAUAAAAUACGCGUUGCUACAGAGUUAACCCCAGGCCAUUUCUCUUCUGUCGGCCUCUAUAUCGACGCAGGUACGCGCUAUGAGAACCCAAGAGCAGCUGGUGUCAGUCACUUCCUUGACCGCAUGGCUUUCAAGGUACCUACACCCAUGCUUUUUUUAAAAAGCACAACCAGUCGGACAAGCGAAGCCAUGUCCAACGAUAUCCACUCACUCGGCGGUCAAAUAAGCUGCGCCUCAUCCCGCGAGUCAAUGAUGUACCAGUCUUCGCAUUUCCACAAAGCAACUCCUCUUGCUCUCUCCCUUAUGGCGGACACAGUCAUAAACCCAGUUUUUUCACCAGAGGAGAUUGAAGUACAACGUGACGCGGCAGCGUACGAGAUUCGUGAAAUCAGUGCUAAGCCUGAAAUGAUCCUUCCUGAAAUAUUGCACAAUGUCGCUUAUGGUCUUGGAGGGUUGGGAAACCCUCUGUUAUGUCCGGAAGAACGAAUAUCACAAAUCGAUGCCGACGCUCUUCGGGCUAGCAUUAAAGAGUGGUAUCGCCCCGAACGCAUGGUCAUUGCAGGCGCUGGCAUGCAUCAUGAACAGCUGGUGGAGCUAGCUGACAAGUACUUUUCGUCACUUAAACCAUCCACAACGUCAUCUCAACCCUCCACGUCUCGCUCUAACACCAUCCCUUCUCCCCAUCUUCUUUCUCCUUCAUCCCCCUCCGUCACCAAAUCACUUACUCGAGCUGCAUCAUAUCUGUUCCCCAACAACCUAUCUUCCCAUAUGCCGAAAAACCCCUCCUCUACAUACACUGGUGGUCACCGGUUUAUACACGACCCAGAGGCAGAGUUUGACCACCUUUACAUCGCCUUUGAAGGGGUGGGCAUCCACGACGAUGGUAUAUACGCUCUUGCGACGAUCCAAAUGCUUCUAGGUGGUGGGGGCAGCUUCUCCGCCGGGGGCCCUGGGAAGGGCAUGUACUCCCGCCUCUACACGCACAUUCUCAACCAGUACCCGCAGAUAGAUCACUGUGCUUCCUUCCACCACAUCUACACAGACUCGUCACUAUUUGGGUUAUUCGCCUCCUUUGUACCCGCUGCAUCAGGCGUGUCGGGAGGCAACACUGCGAGCCAGAUUCUUCCUCAUCUCGUACACCAACUUAGCCUUUUGCUAUACUCGCCCAUCCCUCAGGUCGAGCUUAGCAGGGCAAAGAACCAGCUCAAGUCAAGCUUGAUGAUGGCGCUUGAAAGCCGUUCAAUUGAGGUCGAGGAUCUAGGUCGCCAGAUUCUUGUACACAAUAGAAAGGUGCCAGUCACUGAAAUGACUGACAAAAUAGAUCAGGUGACACCUGAAGACAUUCGACGCGUCGCUGCCAGAGUAUGGGGCCCGGAAUCCAGGAACAAAGCCACAGUUGUUUGCAUGGGUCAUGAGGAUACUGGUUCAUGGAAGGAGGUAUUUAGCAAGUACGGACUGUCGUCUGUCUAA